AUGAAAAAAGCUGGACAAAUAGUGAGGGUCUCUUCCAUCUCAGAUAAUAUUGACUCAGAACAGAAAGGAAAAUAUAUUGAAUAUUGUAUUGGGCAGGUAGAAAAAGAGCUAGAUGGAUUAGACUUGACAGAAGAGUAAAUUUUAUUAUUAAGAUUAAGAUUACUUACUCCCCCCUCCGUAAGCGAACAAAACCAUUGGAAAAACCCAUCCUCCACGAGUGAACAAAAAAUUUUUUUAAUAUAUAAAAAUUUGUUAUGAAAAAAAUUGAUAUAUAAAUGAUAAUUAUUAUAAGGAAAUCUCUAGCUAAUUUAUUUAAUUUAAACAGCUUAUAUAUUAAAUUUUUUGUUCACUCACGAGAGGUGGGAUUUAGAAUUUUACGGCGAUACACUUCCGUAGGAGUAAUGUCUGAACCUCCUUUUAAAUUCCCAAUUGAUGAUGUCGAUAGUAAUCUUGUCCAGCAAGUAGAUAACCCCACCAAAGGACCAGAAAGACUUCACUGUUCGGGUUAACCUCGCUUCAGACUUAACUCCUGCGCAUGUUCCCAUUAAGGAUCACCUCCUCGGAUGAGUCAAUCGCAAAGUUCCUAUACAUCCUAAUACCCUUGGAUCAAGGACUUACCCUAUGCAAUAAGCAUUAUGAAUAAAGGUUCACCAGAUAAACCGAACCCUAUAAGAAUAAAAUUCGCAGAGGUUUAUAGAGUAAAUAAUUUCCAUAUGUUGCCAUUUUAUUUUUACGAGUAAAUUUUAUACAGCGAAAAACUUGAAGUUCAAAGCCAAGUCUCAGAAUUAAGAAGAAAGAUAGAAGAGUGUAGCCAGCCAAAAGCAAACAAUGAAGCUAUACUGGAUUAUAAGAACGAAAUAGAGAGAUUAAUAGAAGAAAACAACCGCAUUAGGGCAGAACUCCAACAAAUUGAAGACCAAGAAGAAUCGUUUUACCAAAAUAAAUGGCUCAAUUAA